AUACUGACAAAUUCAAUAGAAAUGAUUUUUACAUUUUAGUCACAUGUUAUUCAAGGUUAAAUUGUGUUUGAAGUUGUUGAUUUUUCUAAUAUUAAGGAAUAUUGUCUUAUUGUAGACAUGAUGCAUAAUACAAAGUCCGCUGUGCUGUUUGUUGUUCUGCUGUUGACCCUUCCGUCUAGUGUUGAAGGUGGAAACAUAUGCUACUACUCAUGUCUUGCCUCCGUUGGAGCAACUGCGUUAUUUGGGACAGCGACCAUACUACCAGUUCUAGGUUUUACAUCUUCUGGAAUAACAGCUGGAUCAUGGGCUGCAACAUGGAUGGCUUCGUUUGCAGGUUCUGUACCUGCUGGUAGUAUGUUUGCUACGUUUCAAUCGGCAGGAAUGACAGGGGCGACUGCUAAAUUGGCCGCUGGAGUUACUGGGUCGGCUGGUGGCAUAUGUGCUGCCAUUUGCGCACUUUCCCCCAUAACUAUAGAUGAUUUUGUUUCAUUUUAACACACUGUUCAAUGUUCUUAAUUUAACUUCGUACUUGAUUGUAUCCUGAAAUUAUGUGAGUGUCACUGAUGAGUUCUUUGUAGUUUAGACUAUAUGAACAAGAUAAAAAGUCUAUUAUCUUUUAUGAUUUUAUAAAUCUUGUUCAACAUAUAAACAUGAUUCACUAUGUUUUCAUUAACGCUAUUGCAUUAUUAUAGUGCAAUCACGUGCAACUCUUUAUAUAAACAAGACAUGUGCAUGUUUAACUUAUUAAUAUUUUAUUAUACUUAAUCAUCUAAACGCGAAGGUUGAAGUUUGUUAUGGCAUAUACAGAUAUAAUCUUCUGUAUGAAUGAUCAAUAACAGUUGAAUGUUUAUCACACCUGACUUGUGGUUAAACAGAAACAAAAACAGGUUUAUUAAAUGUACAACCCUGAAUGACAAUAUUUUAAUUAUAUUAUCUAUGUUUCUUGCAUACGUCAAUGUAUAUAUUUUGAACAAAUAACCAUUGUGAACAUGGCAUGUCAUUGAUUUAAACGCCGCUACUAGAUAUAGCUUGUUUUAAUAAUACACAACGUUACUUAUGUAUGGCCUUUAAUCUUACUGUUAUAAACCAUAUACCGAUUUUAGAUCCAAUAUUAGAGGAUAUGUUUUUAGCUCACCUGGCCCAAAGGGCCAAGUGAGCUUUUCUCAUCACUUGGCGUCCGUCGUCGUCGUCGUCCUUCGUCGUUAACUUUUACAAAAAUCUUCUCCUCUGAAACUAUUGGGCCAAAUUAAACCAAACUUGGCCACAAUCAUCAUUGGGGUAUCUAGUUUAAAAAAUGAGUGGCGUGACCCGCCAAACCAACCAAGAUGGCCGCUAUGGCUAAAAAUAGAACAUAGGGGUAAAACGCAGUUUUUGGCUUAUUACUCAAAAACCAAAGCAUUUAAAGCAAAUCUGACAUGGGGUAAAAUUGUUUAUCAAGUCAAGAUCUAUCUUUCCUGAAAUUUUCAGAUGAAUCGGACAACCCGUUGUUGGGUUGCUGCCCCUGAAUUGGUAAUUUUAAGGAAAUUUUGCUGUUUUUGGUCAUUAUCUUGAAUAUUAUUAUAGAUAGAGAUAAACUGUAAACAGCAAUAAUGUUCAGCAAAGUAAGAUCUACAAUUGAA